AGAGACAGAAGAAAGAGGAGACAGAGACAACGAGGGGGAGGGAGAUGCAGAAGGAGGGCAAGCAGAGCCAAGACUUGAGGGCAGGCCAGUCCUCCUUGGCAUUCUGAACUCCCCAGAGUCCCUGGGUCCACAGGGAAGAAAAGCAGAAACAGAAAGGGCUAUGACCACUUCAUGCUUAACUCCUGACUCAGGAAAGAUGAUUUCUCCCCUUCACCCUAGAGGCACUGCCUGGUCUUGGUACUGAGGGGAGGAACCCUGACUGUCCCCACAUAUGGCACAUUGCCAACUGAGGCGAGUUUCUUUCCUUCCUUCCUUCAUUGCCGUGCCCAACAGCUGUUCUCAUUUCUCUUUUUGGGGAGGAAGUCAUAAAGUGCUUUGAGAUCCCUGUAGAGUAUGUCUGCAUAACUGGACGACCAGCCAUUUCCCAUCAUUCCCAGCUUCUUGCCAUCCCUCUCCUCUCUUAUCCUCUCCCUCACCCUGGUCCUCUACUCCUCUACUCCCCCCUUCCCCCCACCCCUGCAGUUCCUGGGUCACUCAAACAAGCAGUUCAUUGUGCCUGAUCCGGCAGCUGAGGCGGCGCCAAGAGCAGGAGCAGGGACAGAGCUGAUGGCUGGUGCCCAGGGGAGGAGUCUGCCUCUUGGGGCAUCGGGAGCCCAGGGAGAGCCGGUCCCCUGUGGGUCUGUGGGCCCUGGCCACGCUAUGCAGUCCCCAUACUACAGUCUCCCCCCGGGGCUCAGCCUCAAUGACUUCAUCCCGGGCCACCUCCAGGCACAUACAUUACCGCACCGUCAAGGGACGCGGGUGCCGGUGCUGCGGAACGGUGGCUCCAACACGCUCAACUUCCAGUUCCACGAUCCGGCCCCCAGGACCGUGUGCAAUGGGCGCUCCCCACCGAGGAGAGUCGCCCCAGAUCCUUCUUGGUAUCAGACCUGGCCUGUUCCUGAGAGCCAGGUCCCUGGAGGCACUAAGCCACCCGUAUCCCAGUGUGCCCCAAACUGGUCAGCCACGUGGACCAAAGGCAGCAAACAUCGGGACAAGCGCUGGGUCAAAUAUGAAGGCAUUGGGCCAGUAGAUGAGAGUGGCAUGCCCAUCGCUCCUCGUUCUAGUGUAGGAAGCCCACGAGAUUGGUACCGGAAAAUGUUCCAGCAGAUCCACCAGAAACUUCCAGAGCUGCAGCUGGACUGGACUUUUGAGGAGCGAGGCAAAGACUCUGGGCAUCUGGGGCCACACUUGAGAACUGCCCCUCAGAGGAGUCCCUUCUCUCCCCCCAUCAGGAGGGGCUUCAAGGAUCCUAAAGAAGGGGCUGGGAACAUCUUCAGCUGUAAGCCCAGAACCUCAGCUCUCCUGCAGUCAAGACCUCAGGUGGUCAGGUACCAGAAGAAAGCUGAAGAUAUCUGGACGGAAGACUCCUGGAAGCAGUUUUUGCAAGAACUAGAGACAGGACAGAAGCCCAAGAAGUCAUUGGUGGAUGAACCUGCUGAGAAGCCCUCUUUACCAAUUGAGAUCUUACUGGAGAGAGAGCUGGCCAGGCUGAAUGAGGAGCUGGACAAAGACAUGCGAGCCAUCGAGAUGAGGCUGCCUCCCUACCAGGUACCCUCCCUUCCGGGACCCUGGCACGGGCCGGCGGGGAGAAUGACCGGCAUGAGAGGGGAGCGAGGAUGGAAGCCAUCCCUCUUUCCGUCCUGUCCGCUCCGGUCCUGCGCGGGCCGGUUUUGCGCGCUCCACUCCCAUUCUCCUGUCCGAUCUACUCCUCUAGCGAGUCACAUACGAGGAUAG